AUGCAUAAUGAUAAAGCUCAAAUUAUAUUCUUGUUACACCUAAAACCAAUUGGAAAUAUGGUUGUGCUUGUUAAUAUGUUCAUGAUUUCCACACUUGUGAUGGAUGCCAAAAAGUCGGAUAAAUCGAGUAACAUUGUUAAAGAUCAAUCUUCUUCUCAACAAGACAGUGCAUGUGCACAAAAGCCAAACAAAGUGCCUUUCAUCAUUGGUGUUGCUGGUGGAACUGCAUCUGGAAAAACAACUGUUUGCAAUGUGAUCAUAUCAAGACUCCAUGAUCAAAGGGUUGCUCUUAUCAAUCAAGAUUCAUUUUAUCGUUCUUUGAGUGAUGAGCAAUCAGCAAAUGUACAAGAUUACAAUUUUGAUCACCCUGAUUCUUUCAACACUGAGCUUCUUUUAUCAUGCAUGGAAACGUUAAAAAAGGGACAACCAGCUAACAUUCCAGAUUAUGAUUAUAAGAUCCAUAAGAGCAGUGGAUCAGGUCGCAUGGUAAACCCUUCGGAUGUCAUUAUUCUUGAAGGAAUUCUUGUCCUUCAUGAUAGCAAAGUUCGAGAUAUGAUGAGCAUGAAAAUCUUUGUUGAUUCAGAUUCUGAUGUGCGAUUGGGAAGGAGGAUAAAGCGUGACACCGUUGAGAGAGGCAGAAAUAUUCAGUACGUGCUUGACCAAUAUGAUAAACAUGUGAAACCUAGUUUUGAAGAAUUCAUUCUUCCAUCAAAGAAGCAUGCAGAUAUUAUUAUCCCUAGAGGAUCAGAUAAUGAUGUGGCCAUUGACUUGAUAGUCCAACAUAUCCGUACAAAGCUUGGCCAACAUGAUCUUUGUAAAAUUUAUCAAAACCUUUUCGUUAUCCCCUCAACAUUCCAGAUCCGUGGAAUGCACACACUCAUACGUGAUGUGAAAACAAGAAAGCAUGACUUUGUUUUUUAUGCGGAUCGGCUGAUUCGCUUGGUUGUGGAGCAUGGAUUAGGUCAUCUUCCUUUUACAGAAAAACAAAUCAUUACUCCAACAGGAUCCAUCUACACAGGAGUGGUAUUCUGCAAAAGGUUAUGUGGGGUGUCAGUCAUUCGAAGUGGGGAAAGCAUGGAAAAUGCGUUAAGAGCUUGUUGUAAAGGAAUCAAAAUCGGUAAAGUCCUUAUUCAACGCGAAGGGAAUGAUCGACAGUUAAUUUAUGAGAAGCUACCUAAAGAUAUUGCAAGCCGACAAGUUUUAUUACUUGAUCCGGUGCUUGCUUCAGGUGAUUCUGCUGUGGAGGCAAUUUCCUUGUUGCUCAACAAGGGUGUAUCUGAAUCCAACAUCAUUUUUCUUAACCUUAUUGCAGCACCAGAAGGAAUACAUACAGUUUGUGGACAAUAUCCAAGACUGAAAAUAGUGACGUCAGAGAUAGAUUCCGGUCUAAACGAGCAUUCAAGAGUAAUUCCAGGAAUGGGUGAAUUUGGAGAUCGUUAUUUUGGUACUGGUGGUAAUGACUCUACACCUUUCUUACCAAAAAAUAACAAAUAAUAAAUCAAAAAAAAAAAAAAAUCCUUCAUAGUUUUUGUACGACGUAUUAGAAUUGCAUGUUACCUUUUUUUUUGGCGCAAUCUUGAUUGUUACAUAUUAAUUGAAGAGAUUAUAUUUAUCUGAUUUGUAGA